AUGGGAGAUGCGGUCCAGACGGAGGGCCACGCCCUCUUGAAGGCGGUAGCUCAGGGGAAGCUACGAUUGGCUCGUCUGCUGUUGGAGGGCGGGGCUUACAUUAAUGAGGGUAACGAGCGCGGCGAGACUGCGCUGAGUGCGGCGUGCACAUUCUCGGAGCCUCACGUGCGCGAGCGUAUGGUGCGUUACCUCCUGGAGCAAGGCGCUGACCCCAACAUGGCCGACACCAGUGGCCGCAGUGCCCUGAUGCACGCCGUGACCGUGAGUGCAGGCGCCGGCGUCAUCGCUCUGCUGCUGAAGCACGGCGCUGAUCCCAGUCUGAAGGACUACAGAGGACAGAGCGCACUGAGUCAGGCGCUACUGCACAUGCUCAGUGAGGAGCACGCCCUGCAGGACCAGCAACACACACAACACACACAACAUACUGACACACAAUACACACACACUCACAACACCACUCUGCCCCGUCAGGACCACACACACACAAACCCGCAGAGUCAAGACCAGGAUCAAACCACAGACCUGGACCUUGACCCCGCCCUCUCACGAAAUCCCAUCCACACACGUGACCACGCCCCUCCACAGACCUCCGCCGCACUGCGCCUCCUGCUGGAUGAGUGUGAACGCCGCGGCCAUGACGUCAUCAUCUUGACCUGUUGUGGAGGUAGGGGGUCAUGGACUGUGAAGCAAUACCACCACUGUCCACCAGAGGGACACAUUACUGCAGCAGAGACAUGCCCAAGUGUGAAUGGCCUUCCCCCUGACUCCGCCCCCUCCUCUAACCCCGCCCCCUCUCCUCCGGGCCCCUCCCCGCUCUCGGCCGCCUCCCCCUCGGACGUGCACGUGGCGAGCGUGGAGAGUGCGUUCAGCUUCAGCGUGGCUCCGCCCAGACUCCGCCCCCCCAGAGGCCGAGUGCUGAAGAGGUUAAACUCUGAGCCUUGGGGUCUGAGCGUGCUCAAAACACCGGCCCCGCCCCCUGCCCAGGAGGAGGCAGAGCUUCAGAAGCCGAUCUCAUUGGCCAAUGGACCUCAGAGACGACACAGCAUCGAGACGCACGACCCCGGCCUCGGCGAGCAGCUAACGGAGAAGCUAACGGAGAAGCUAACGGAGAAGCUAACGGAGCAGCUAACAGAGCAGCUCGCCGAGAAGCUAACACUAAAUAACACAGUGAACCCGGAGCUCCUGGAGACGAAAGAGUCAGACGGUUCUCUGACAGAGAACCUGCCGCUGUCAGGAACCUGA